UGCGGGGCUCUGCCGCUGCCCGCCGCGCGCGGUACCGGGUAGGCGAUGCGUGCGGGCGGGGAAGCGCCGCACCAGGUACUGGGCCGGCUGCGGUUCCUGCUGCAGUGCAGCGAGUGCUUCCGCCGCUCCCGGGCGCUGCCCGCCGCGCUCUGCUACGUGCCGCGGGAGGUGCAGUACAAGAUCUGCAAGGACCCCACCGCCACUGCCGCCGCCGCCCGCAGCCUGCUCAGCGUCUGGGACAGCCCGGGGCCGGCGCGGGGCGGCAAGCGGGCGGCUCGGGCCACUAUCGAGGUGCGGAAGGGCGGCUGCCUCCGUGCCACCGGCGAGGAGUACUGCAACGGCGCCGGGCUCUGGGUCAAGCUCAGCAAGGAGCAGCUGGAUGAGUAUGUGGGCAGCCAUGACCUGGCGGAGGGCUGGCUGCUGGCACAGAGAUUUGGAGGGGGAGGAGACAAGUUGGUGCCCGUAGAGUCCAUGGAGAUGGUCCAGUGGCAGCAUCAGGCACUUGGGGUUGAUUAUAAACCUGUGAGCAGCUGGGAACAAAUAGUGGACCUGACGUACUCCAUGCGCCUGGGAGAGAAGCCUGUACUCACAGAGCAGGAUGAGGCUGCAGUACAGAAGUUUCGGACCCUGCCCCAAGGCUGGAGCUAUGAGUGUGACAUGGAGCUGGGACGCUUCCUGUACGAUCACAAUGAGAGGCAGCUGCAGUAUGGGGAUUGCAACAAGGAGCAUCUCAGCAGUGUCGAGGUCUCCUCACAGACGGAUGGCUGCAGUGCAGCCCAUCUGACUGACAACCAGCCAUGCACCUUCUGGGAGAGCGAUGGGGCACCAGGGCAGCACUGGGUGCGGCUCAACAUGAAGAAAGGCAGCAUUGUCAAGAGGCUGUGGCUGAUGCUGGAUGGGCAGACUAGUUCCUAUGUACCCAGGCGGGUGGCUGUGUAUGGGGGGACACCGAACAGGCUGCGGCACCUGAGAACUGUCCUAAUUAAUGAGAACAGCUACCAGGACGUCUGCAUCCUCCGUGAUAUGAAGACCCACCUACCAGUGCUGGAGAUCCGCAUCCUGGAGUGCCGGGACCAGGGGUACAAUGUCCGCCUGCGAGGGAUUAAGAUAAAGUCGUUUUGGGAGUGGGAUGUGAUCCUGAAUGCUGACAUGUUCCAGCCAGCCCGGCUGGUGCGAUAUCCCCUCCUGGAAGGGGUGGACCCCAGUGUGCUUUACCGUCGCGCUGUGCUCAUUCAGAGGUUUGUCCAGAUCCUGGAGAGUGUCCUGCACUACCUAAUCCCCCUCUCAGAGGACAGCAUUGGCACCUUCAAUGCACUCAGGAGCAUGAAGCCAUUCCUGCUGCUGUCCAAGCAGAGCACAGCCCUCAUCACCCACUGCCUCCAGUCCUCGGAGAGCAAGCCCCCUCAGACCACACCGAAGCUGUACAUCAACCGCCAACUGGCCCGGGAGCACCGUGACAACCCCACGCUGGAUCCCAGCUGCAAGAACACCAUCUUCACCCAGCUGUAUGAAAGCCUCAGAUCUGCCAAGAACAAUCAGCCCCUGGACUACAGGUGGCCCCUGAGCUACAGCCAGUGGUGGGAGUGUGAUUUUGUCACUGAGGGCAUCAUUGACAAUGGUGGUGGUUUUCGGGACAGCCUUUCAGAUCUGUCAGAGGAGCUGUGUCCCAGGUCAGGCGAUGUUCCUGUGCCCCUGCCCUUCUUCGUGCGCACCUCCAACCAGGGUAACAGCAGUAGCAACACCAGGGACAUGUAUGUCCCCAAUCCCUCCUGCAAAGACUUCAGCAAGUAUGAGUGGAUUGGGCAGCUGAUGGGAGCAGCCUUGAGAAGCAAGGAGUUUCUGAUCCUGGCUCUGCCAGCAUUGGUGUGGAAGCAGCUGGCAGGUGAAGAGGUCAGCUGGAGCAAGGACUUCGCUGCUGUGGACUCUGAACUGGUGAAGCUACUGGAGAUGCUGGAACGGGUAGACAGGGAAGCCUUUGAGUUCACGUUUGGCAGAGAGCUGACCUACACGACGGUGCUGAGUGACCAGCGCAUGGUGGAGCUGAUCCCCAAUGGCAGCAGCACUGUGGUGCGCUAUGAGGACCGCAAGGAGUUCAUCCGCCUGGUGCAGAAGGCUCGGCUGGAGGAGAGCAAGGAGCAGAUUGCAGCCAUGCGUGCUGGGCUGCUCCAUGUGGUGCCGCAGCCUGUGCUGGACCUUCUCACCUGUCAGCAGCUGGAAAAGAAGAUUUGCGGGGACCCCGAGAUCACAGUGACUGAACUGCGGAAGUUUAUCACAUUUGAGGACUUUCCUGCUGGUGACACCCGUGUCCAGAACUUCUUAGAGGCACUCAACAACUUCACAAGUGAGGAUCUCAGCCGCUUCCUCAAAUUUGUCACUGGCCGGAGCCGUCUCCCAGUUCAGAUAACUGUCUACCCAGAAAGGACAGACUCCAAUGCAUUGGACCUGAUGCCACAGGCCUCCACGUGCUCCUGCAGCUUCUUCUUGCCCCAUUACUCCUCGGCCAAAGUCUGUGAGCAGCUGCUGCGCUACGCCAUAUACAACUGCAUGUCCAUCGACACCGACCGGAACACCUGGGAUGAAGGAGGCUCCCCAGCUGCCCUGUUCCCUGAGAGCUUACUGUUCUAGGGACAUCAGAUUCAAUAAAAGUGCAGGGCUGGAUCCUGCUGUGUU